CUGACACACUCCCUCUCCUCUCUGCAGCCUGGCCGGUGUGAUGCCAUGCCCAAGGAAGGCUCCAUCCUCUGCUGAGAACCAUGCACUGCCGGCUGAACCCUGCUGGAAUGAACCGACUGAACGGGGCUUUUAACGCUCUCACCUGUGGAUUUGCACCGUCAAGAUGCCUUAUUUGACCAAACCUCUAUUUUUACUUUUCUGUCUGGUUCUUACCGGGGAAUGCCGUAAUCACCGCCAUCGGGUGCGGAGAUGGACCGGUACCAUAGAGAACCAAAAGCAUGGAACCUCCUAUGCAAAGAAACCUCCAGAUGUGACCAAGUCUCGCAAAUUAAAGACAGAGCAUCUGCUCAAAGUAGAUGACCAUGACUUCACCAUGAGGCCAGCAUUUGGAGGUCCUGCAAUCCCUGUUGGAGUGGAUGUUCAGGUGGAGAGCUUGGACAGUAUCUCUGAAGUUGAUAUGGACUUCACUAUGACUUUGUACCUGAGGCACUACUGGAAGGAUGAGCGUCUGUCUUUUACCAGCAGCACCAACAAGAGCAUGACAUUUGAUGGCCGUCUGGUGAAGAAGAUCUGGGUCCCUGAUGUCUUUUUUGUCCACUCUAAGAGGUCCUUCAUCCAUGAUACCACCACUGACAACAUCAUGCUACGCGUCUUUCCUGAUGGUCAUGUACUCUACAGUUUGAGAGUGACAGUGACAGCUGCCUGCAACAUGGACUUCAGCCGCUUUCCUCUGGAUUCUCAGACCUGCUCACUGGAACUGGAGAGUUAUGCUUACACAGAUGAAGACCUGAUGCUGUACUGGAAGAGUGGUGAUGAGUCCCUCAGCACUGAUGAUCGUAUCUCCUUAUCGCAGUUUCUCAUUCAGAAGUUCCACACCACAUCUCGCUUAGCCUUCUACAGCAGCACAGGCUGGUAUAAUCGUCUUUACAUCAACUUUACAUUGCGACGGCACAUCUUCUUCUUCCUGCUGCAGACGUACUUUCCUGCCACUCUCAUGGUGAUGCUUUCAUGGGUGUCGUUCUGGAUUGACCGGCGGGCUGUGCCAGCCAGAGUUUCCUUGGGCAUUACUACAGUGCUGACCAUGUCCACUAUCAUCACUGGAGUGAAUGCGUCCAUGCCACGAGUGUCCUACAUCAAGGCGGUAGACAUUUACCUCUGGGUUAGCUUUGUCUUUGUCUUCUUGUCUGUGUUGGAAUACGCUGCUGUCAACUACCUGUCCACUGUUCAGGACCGUCGGGAGCGCAAGAUGAGAGAGAGGGCACGAUCUCAGUCAUUGCCCUGCACCUGUGGCAUCUCUCAAACACGGACCAUGGCCAUGUUGGAUGGUACCUACAGCGAGGCUGACACCAACAGCCUGGCUGGCUACACUGAAGAGCCCAUGGUGCCUGAAGAAGAGCAGGAAGAAAUACCUGAGGUUCCAGAGAAACCUGGACACAUGGUGGUCCACCUGUCAGUGAGUAGUGAGUCCACCACUACCAAGAAGAAGAAGAGCCUGCGUGCCCUCAACAUUAUUCAGAACACGCACGCUAUUGACAAAUACUCCCGAAUGAUUUUCCCUGGUUCAUACAUCUUUUUCAACCUUAUCUACUGGUCAGUCUACUGCUGAACAACACUUGAGUCAGGACAGAGGCCAUAAAGAUUAACACACAGAGACAAUAUGAAUACUAGCUCAGAAGGACACUUGUGGAGUAAUUCAAAUAAUGCUGUUGUACUGUUCUACUGCUAGCAGCUCAUUAUAUUUAAGGUCAUGGAUAGUAACACACCCUGAAAACAUUAGCUGUCUUAAAAAGUUCUGCUUUGCAACUUUGGAAUUGAUUGGAACACUACGGUCUGAUUUUUGUUUCCUCAUGCGGCAGAUUGAAUGUACAUAAAUCCUAUAAAUUAAAACACUAAAAGUAACCAUGAAUGAUGCUUUUAAACUACGAAUGCUAAUUAUGCAGUCAUUUUCAGCUUUAUCAGCUGUCAAUUCCUGUUGAAAAGUUUUUUAUUCUCAUACUGCUAUUCCUGGUAUGAUGGAAAAAACAAGUUUUUUUUAUGUGAAUUAUAACACUGAUAGAUAUGGAUCAGGCACAGUAUCUAUGUGAUCAUGCUGUGGGGUGCUCAGUUGACUGUAGUCUGUAUUUAUUCAUUUGAAAUGAUCACCAAGGUUAGAGUCACUUUGAAUAUAACAUUUUAAUGCUCAAGGUUAACUUGACGAUGACUUAUUAUUUUUUAUAUUUCCCAUCCUCAGUUCCAUUUUAUUUGUAUACCACCAAAGUAUAAGUCAUCUCAGGAAACUUUACAUAGUAAGGUCAAGAUUUUACAUUAUGGAGAGAAACACAAUUUCCAGCAAUUGACUAAAGUGGAUAUGAAAAACUACCUUUUAAUAGGAAAAAUCCUAUGGCAGACCCAGACUCAGGGAGGGCGGCCAUCUGCCUCAUCUGGUUGGGCUGAGAGUAGAGUGGAGAGAGAGAAAAGAUUAGCAAUAAGAAACAACAAAUGAUAAACACUGAGCAAGUUGGUGGGAACAGUAACCCAGAAACAUGCAGCUCUGGUACCUGCAGAAAGGUACAGUGAGAUUGUAAUACUGAAAGAGUAUAUCUGCCUAUUGAACUCAAACUAAGAGAUGUUUCAGUCAGCAGCUCCCAGUUUGUUUAACUAACAUACUAUAUUUUUCAAGGCUGUUACCUCAACAAAAUGAUUUCAUAACUUAAUCUUGAGGAAGACUAAGCCAUGUGAGUAGCAUGGUGAGGUUGUACUCCAAUAACAUGUUUAUCUUAACAUGCCAAGGGUAGCAGUAUACCACAUUUCUUGUCUGACCUCAGCUUGCAAAAUUUGCUUAAAUCUAAAAUACAAUUGAGGCUGAUUAGAAAGUUGUUUGUUUUGAAGGUGCCAUGAACCCAUGUAUUUGAAAAAUGUGAUCUUUGCCCUGAUGAUAGCGAUAGACAAAACUCAAGAUCAACAAAGUUAUAGCAGUUCACUCUGUAAAGAACAUGUCUGUACUAAAGUUAAUGGCAGUCUAUCCAAUAAUUUGCAGAUAUUUUCCUCAACUGAUAAACUUCACUGUACAAAAAAUGUCAGUCUCCUGGUGGCAACAUUCACAGUUAAGGUCAGUUAAAAUGUGAAUAUUUGGAGGUGGCUUUGUCAAAAUAAACAGCAGAUAGCACUAAUGCCACGCUCAAUAGUAGUUCAUGUGCCAUUAAAGCAUUGGUGAAGAAGAUGGAUGAACAAGUUGAUGUUAUUAAAAGAGCGACAGGUAACUCUCAAAGAAUCGAUAACUAGAAAAAUAUCAAAUCUGUGUUUCUUUUAUGUACUAAUGUGAAGACUGUGUUAGUCUUGCAUGACUGCUCACAGAUGUAACGUUUUGUUUGCUGCUGCUCUUUACAUCUGCAGCAAGAAGGAAGCUUAACUGAUACUUACACGUCAUGUAUUCCGUGAUUUAUUUGCUGUGUGUUUCCAUUGCUCUUGGUUGCGUUUUAUUUCUACUAAUACAUCAGGCUUUUCAAACAUAAAAACUUUUCUGGUGAAAUAUUUAAACAUUUCUAAUUACUAUGUCCAUUGUCCAGUCUGGAUUAUUAUGUGCAAGUUACAAAUGUGAAAAAUACGUGGAUGGAAGAACAUUUACAGGAAUAUUCUGGAAGAUAUAGGGCAAAACGAAAAGACAGGAUAUCAUCUACUGCAAGUGUAAGGAUGAAAUAAUUAAGUUGUGAAGACAGCAAGUUAGUGUCCUAAGGGGGAAAAAAACAUAUUCUAUUGCAAACAAAAAACAACUUUUUCUUUUUUUGCAUUACUAUGUGACAGAGAGAUACCAGAGAGGGCAGCAGAGAUGAUUGUGAUGAUACUUGUAUUAUAAGUUCUAAAGAACUGUUAACCAGUUGAAUAUUUUCUCCUUAGGUCCUUGUAGUCACUUACCUCAGCAACAAAUGUCAUGAGAAGCUAAUUUACAGGGCCAGUGUAUGGCCCUUUAAAUCUAAGUGGCAUCUAGCAGUCAGGUUACACAUUUCAACCAAGUAAAUACCCCUUGCUUUACCUUCCUUUUCAAAGUGUGUAGGAGAGCUGACAGUGGCCACUAAAUAAGCAUCUCUAUGGGCAAUGUUUGGUUUGUCUGUUCUGGGCUAUUGUAGAAACCUGGUGGUACAACAAGUCAGACUCUGUGAAAGAGAGCAGGCUCCCUAUUUAAUUAUUGUAAGGGCUCAUUUUAUGAAAACACCAUUCUGAUUUUCAGGUGAUUAUACUUACAUGUUAUAUAAACAUACCUAUGCAUAUUAUGUUUCAUUUCUGCUACAGAUCCUUCUAAAACUGUACACACUAACCCUGUAAUAAAACUACGUAACUUAUCAGGAACCCCACUAUUAAAUAGUAAGUAAGUAAACACAAAUAUUUUCUUAUUCUCCUCUCUCGUCUUUGAAAUAAAACUUUAACCAAGACUUGG